UCGUUUGGUUGUGUAGCAAACCGUCUCCACGACAACGCUACUAUAACAAUUGUUUUGCCAAUUUGAGAAGACAAUGAAAACCGAAACAACUGAAGUCAAAAGUUUUUGAUUUCUUCUUUUGUAUCUGGCUUGCAAACUGAUCCGAAGUGCAGUGGUGUGUGACUGAAACCAAAGCUCAAAUUAAAAAACAAAACCAAAGAUACAUUUAUAAUGGCGUCAGAGUUGGAGCGGGUAAACGAAAAUGAAAUGAAAGCCAUGAAUGCUAAUCGGUAUGCCACCAAAAAGACCAUUGCCCAGGGCAUGCUGGAUAUAGCUUUGCUGACCGCCAAUGCCUCCCAGCUAAAAUACAUCCUACAAGUGGGCGAACAACACCAAUUCUACAAGCUAAUGCUGAUUCUGAUCAGUCUGUCUAUAGUUCUACAGGUUGUGUCGGGCGUUCUGAGCCUUUCUCUAAGUUUGCUGCGGGAUUGUCGGCUGCACCAGCCAGAGUUUAACCAAUCGGCUAAUGUUAUUAACCAUUUGCGCACGGGUUUCGCUUUUUUGACCACGAUGAUAAAUCUCUUUAUCUCGGCCUUUGAUAGUCGACUGCCCCCGCCAGAAGGCCACACUCUGAAUAAUGUGAACUGAGGGUGGAAAAGAUUUUAAGACGUUAUCAUACGGUUCUAACGCUUUCCAUAUCCAUUUCGACAGCUUUUGGUGGGCAUUCUGUUUGUGGUAAUUGGAGGUCUUGACAUAAACAAGCAGAAGGAUCAGACAGCGGCGGUGAUCCUGAACGAUAUCAUUUUGGUGGUCGUGUUUGUAAUA